AGAAACAGGAUUUGGUAACAAUCUUCGGCAACCCAUCAGCAAUAUUCCAUCAUUCUGGGGGAUCUUGGGGAUCAUUGUUUGCUUAACUCCAUCUAUAACUUCGAGCAACAUCAACUUCUCGAGCUUUAUUUUUCAGUUUCGCUGUCAACUUCAUUUCUGAGAUACCCGCUUCAUAGAUUUUUUUUUCAGAUCAGUUGGCGAAGUGGUUAGAUUUCUGGCAGAUGCGGUGGAUUGUGGCGUUUUCUUCAGAGAUGAGUAAUAACCUACUGUCAGAUUUCUGCUCGGAUCUUGGCGCAAUUCUCACAUGAUGUGGGGUUUAUUGGAAAAGCUUUGGUUUACAUGUUGAGAAAUUGCUCAUUCUCGUGGAGUUUAAAGCAGCAGCUUGAUCGGAUAUUUUUUAUGGUCGGCCCGUAGAGAAAGCAUUUGAGUUUUGGCUUUGUUGUUUUAUUCGGAGUUGAUUCCGUGAAGAGGGUCUCGGGGAAAGCAUGUUCCGAAGGGACCGUAAUAGAGAGAGCAAAGAGCAAAACGGCGGGCCGCCAUACGGGCAGGUCAGAGUGCUCGUUGUUGGAGACUCAGGUGUUGGGAAGACUUCUCUGGUUCACCUUAUUGUCAAAGGUUCUCCCGUCACUCACCCCCCGCAGACAAUUGGUUGUACUGUUGGCGUACAGCACACUGCUUAUGGGAAUUCUGGUAGCUCUUCAAGUAGCCUCAAAGGUGAUUCUCAGAGAGAUUUUUUUGUUGAACUUUGGGAUGUGUCAGGCCAUGAACGGUACAAAGAUUGCCGGUCUCUGUUUUAUUCACAGAUUAAUGGUGUAAUUUUUGUUCAUGAUCUCUCGCAAAGGAGAACAAAGACUAGUUUGCAGAACUGGGCAGCUGAGAUUGCUGCAACUGGCACGUUUUCAGCUCCUUUAGGAUCUGCUGGACCUUGUGGUCUUCCUGUGCCAUAUAUGGUUGUUGGUAACAAAGCUGAUAUUGCUGCAAAAGAGGGUACAAGAGGAAGCAGUGGGAAUCUAGUUGAUGUUGCACGCCAGUGGGUUGAGAAGCAGGGUCUGCUUCCGUCCAGUGAGGAACUUCCUUUGACUGAGAGUUUUCCUGGCAAUGGAGGCCUUAUUGCUGCUGCAAAAGAAGCGAGGUAUGACAAGGAAGCUGUGAUGACUUUUUUCCGAAUGUUGAUCAGGAGAAGGUAUUUUUCAGAUGAAGUGGCUACACCAAAUACAUGGUCUGUGUCUACAUGGUGUACCUCACCAGUUCAGAGACUUCCCCAACGUCUAGAUGAUGAUUCAACAGACGAUGAUUAUCAAUCCUUUAAUAAAAGUGUGAUCGGUGAUCCUUACAAGUAUAACACACUUCCUCCCCUUCCGGCUCAACGAAAUCUGACUCCACCUCCAACCCUUUAUCCUCAACAGCCAGUCUCGUCUUCUAUAAACCAUAGCUUCCCGAGAUUUUCUCUGUCUGGUUCCUCAGAAAUCAGUGCUGCCUCCAGAACAAGGCGGUCGGAUAUUAAUGUCUGAGAAUCUCUGUAUAAUGGUAAUCAAACAUCUGCUAACAUUAUACACGUGUAGUAUUCUUGAAGGAAUGAAGUUGGGUGUCUUGUUUGAAAUAUCAUUUUUCUGAUUGUAAGCGGGUCCGUCGAUUCUUUCAUUGUUUUAGAGGCAUUCUCUGUCAGUGUUGGGUGAUCCCAGUUCCCAGUUUGGUGUAGUCUAUGAUGAAAUGUUGGAUUCUUUUAUCAAACUUUUUUUAAAGUCUAUGAUGUAACUUAUCUA